GAAUAUUUACGUUUUAUAUUAUUUGUCCUUUAACCUUAGACGAUAAUUGUAUCGUUAUAUGAACUAAGAAAUAAAGAUAUAAAAACUUUGUAUGCCUACAAGAUUUGACGUUAAAAUCAUGAAAAAUAUAUUAUUUUUGAGUAUUUGUGGCUUGUUAAUCUGCCAUGUAUUCUCAGCAUCAGUAGAAAAGAGAGUUGAAAGAAAGAAUAUAGUAAAGCGUAGCCUUGAAGCUAUCAGCACGAUUAAACAAACGACCGGAGAGAUUGUGCAGAAAGUUAAAACUGGUGUAAAAGUUGCCAAAUGUGCACUGCAUACUGUAGGUGACAAAAUAUAUUCCCAUUCCCACCAGAUUGAUCCCUGUACUGGAAGAGAAAAUGCAGAAGGAAAGUCGAGUGAUGGCGGUAUUGAAACUCAAAAUAAAGUACCCAAUACAGAUACAUCUACUCUAAUUGAUGUAAGAAUGAAACAAGAUUCUAAAGAGGAAGAGAAAGUUGCCGCUAGAACGAUUAUUGUUAGAGCUAAUUGUCCAGAAGGCUUCUUGGCCGAUGCCGUUGGAACAUGCAGGGAGGUAUAUUAGAGCAGAAAAUUUAAUUUUAAUUAUCAUAUAAAUACAUGUUCUCAUUUAA